AUGAAACUUUGGUGGUAUUCAGCUGGUAAUAUUGUUUACAUCAUAGGUUCAUUAGGUUAUCUUGCUAUACAUACAAUCAAUCUUAUCUUUCCAAAUACGGGCAAUUCACAAGCUAGUUGCAUUAUUUUAAUUAUUCUAGCUUCAGUUUUCGUCCUGGAUGCUAUGCUGUAUGCAGUUGAUUGGUUUGAACAGCGUAGAAUAAAAAAACUACAGGAAUUACUUGUUUGCAUAUUUAAUAUUAUUGGUAGUGUCUUGUAUUUAAUCGGUGCAAUUACUUUAGAUAAUAAGAAAACGCCUGCAAAUAAUUCUAUUGAUUUAACUAAUUUACCAACGUUUCUAUUUAGUACCGCCGGAAUAUUAGUAUUUCUUAUUGAAUCGAUUCUUAAUUUUUUUACACCGCGAGUUUCGAAAACAACAUCGAAAUGUUCGGUAGAAUUUUUUGCUCAUUUACUCAAUCUUUUGGGUAACAUAACUUAUUUAUUUGCACAAUUCGUUCAACCAGUUAUAUCAUUUAUUGCAAGUUUUACUACUGCAUAUUUCAAUAACCUAACUGAUUUAAUUAAUUUUAUUAUUCGUCCAAUACACAUCGGUGGUGAUAUUAUUUAUACCAUUGAUGCUCUAUUGUAUAUGAUUGUUUGGAUUAAAGCAAAUCAACAUAUGCGGAAAAUUGGCACUCAAUGUGUAGAACGAGAUGAUCUAAAAAUGGAUGAUAUUACGAAAACAACGAAGCCAAAUGUAAGACCACCAGAACUAAUAGAUGAUCAUGGACAAUACAUAUCAAAUAAUCUAUCCGUAAAAACAAUAUCCAAACAAACAUCAAAACCAGUUGUUGAGGAUGUAGAAAACUAA